CCUGGGUCCUCUUUGCGGAGGCCUUUGUAUCCAUGCCUUCAGUUGUCUUCCGCAUUUACAAGUGCCAAUCACCCAUUCGCAUCUAGGUUUUUGGAGUUGGUUUAGUGGGUUUGCGAGGGAGGAAGUGUUGAACACCAUGUCGUACGCGUACUUGUUUAAGUAUAUCAUCAUCGGUGAUACAGGUGUUGGGAAGUCUUGUCUGCUGCUGCAAUUCACAGACAAAAGGUUUCAGCCCGUGCAUGAUCUGACCAUUGGCGUGGAAUUCGGGGCGCGUAUGGUGACGAUCGAAAACAAGCCCAUCAAGCUGCAAAUAUGGGACACGGCUGGCCAAGAAUCGUUCCGGUCCAUCACGAGGUCGUACUACAGGGGAGCUGCAGGAGCUUUACUUGUCUAUGACAUCACCAGGAGAGAAACAUUCAAUCAUCUUGCAAGCUGGUUGGAAGAUGCUAGGCAACAUGCUAACUCUAAUAUGACCAUCAUGCUUAUCGGCAACAAGUGUGACCUGGCUCAUAGAAGAGCGGUCAGCACUGAAGAAGGUGAACAAUUCGCCAAGGAGAACGGCCUGGUAUUCAUGGAGACUUCCGCAAAAACGGCCCAUAAUGUUGAGGAUGCAUUCAUCAACACCGCCGCUAAGAUCUAUCAAAAAAUUGAAGAGGGAAUCUUUGAUGUUUCUAAUGAGACUUAUGGUAUCAAGGUUGGGUACGGAGGAACUGCUGGUGCGGGCACUGGAGCUGCAGGUGGUGGUACUGCCGUUCAAAGAAGUGCUUGCUGCGGUUGAUUGUACACUUAAUAACCUUGUUGUUUAAUAUUUAAGUUUCAUUUCAGGCCUUAGCGAGUUUGAGACUACCGAAAUCCAUUCAUUCCAGUGUAGAGGCAUUGUUCCAUAUUGUCCUGUUAUACCUAAUACCGUGUGCACAGCUGUUCAAGCUCUGACUCAGCCACUUAGCUCGUAUUAGAAAUCUUUGGGGGAAAAAAAAACUCAGUUGAUAAUAGAUAUUGGAUGUAGUAUUUUGACUUUUAUGCACAAUCAUACGCUGCUGUUUUGACGCCUUCUCUACAAGCUCUUAGAUGCGUCAUUGGGUCUCCAUCAGUGUUAGAAGUACUCCAACUUACCGUAGUUCCUUCUACAGUGACGCAUGUCGUACAUGAAGGCUGCGAUCUGUCUUUGCUGGGUUGAAUUCGUCAGUGGUACUGCUCUCAUCCUAUUCCGUGCUUGGAUGAAAGCACUAGCUAAGGUUACCGAAUAACGGUGUGAGGUACACCUGAUGUAUGUUUUUGCUUAAAAUUUGUAAUUACAUUUACAAGUAGACUUCGACACUUACAAGCCAUACCUUUCA